AUGAGUGGGCAGGUGGGACAGGGAGGCAGAGCCCAGCGCAAACAGAGACGAGCUGAGGAGAACCUUAGACCGUACAUUGGCAGAGUGAAUCCAGAGAGGCUAUGUGAGCUGCUGAAGUGCCACAGUCCAGUUGGAUCUUGGUGCCAAGUGGUUAAGGAGAACGGAGCCCUCAUCCCAAAGUGUGUGUGUCCUCAGUCCUGCCCACGGCAGAGGGCACCAGUGUGCAGUGUUCUAGGCCAAACCUAUGAGAAUGAGUGUCUGCUGCAUAAAGAAGCCUGCAGAAAGAGACGCCGCACUGGACUGGCCCACAUAGGACCCUGUCUGGUUCCCAAAGCUAACUGCACAGAGGAGGAGUUUGGCCAGUUCCCAUACCGCCUCCUGGACUGGUUCCUCCUAUUGAGUCGUAUGGGAGAGUCCUAUGCACCUGCUGCCCCGCCCCAGAGCUGCCUCAGCCACACACGCAGAACACAGCUGGCUCAGCGGAGGUUUGCCUUAUUGGACAGGAACAAGGAUGGGAAGUUGAGCCGCAGGGACCUGAGGAAGCUACGUUACAAGAGCAUGCCUCUGGAGCACUGUGCUGCACAAUUCUUUCAGUCAUGUGACCGUAACAGGAACAGGAAGGUGACCCUGCACGAGUGGACCUCCUGUCUUGUGGAUCGCUCUGAGACCUGGUUCUACCAUUUCAUGUCAAUGAAAAUGGGUUCCCGCAAGCUGUGUCCUAUAAGUGUGGCAAACCACCUUUGACAUGAAAACAGUG